AUGGAGCAGCAGCUUACUGGAAUGGAGCAGCUGCAAGCAGAUUGUGUAAGAGGCUCAUUGGAGAGGAAAGUUUUACUCCAUGCACCUUGCCUGAUGAGAUGUCACAGGGCGCUGAAUGUGACCCAGCUGCUGCAAGGCACCCAGGUGGAAGGGAUGUCCAAAGAGAUCCAGAGUGUGGAUGGGCAACUGAAGGGCUGUGGCUGUGAAGAGUUGCAGUCAGUAACUGAAGGGAAGAAAGAAGGCACCAGCUUGGAGACUGUUGGUUGA